AUGAGUUCUUUUCGUAUAGUGUUGGUCGAAGGAAUUAGGGGAGGUUUUAAACCACCAACUGUCAGACGACGUAUAGAAAUAAAUGGUGAUGAAAAUGGUGGCGUAGUUAAUGAUUCAGCUCUUGUGAAUAGGGAACUUAAAUCUAAACAAGUUAAAGAAUUUUCCAAUGAUGUUCGUGAAAAUCUUUCAAAGUUACCUACUGAAAGUGAUCGGGCUAGCGAAGAUAUUUAUGGAUUUGAUACAUCUAUUACUUUUCAAUCCGAAGGUUUUGAAUGGCGCAAUGGAUGUGCAGAAGGAUGUAUACAAUCAAUAUCAGAAGUUAAACCAACUGCAGAACAAAAGGCCGCGUUCAAAGCAUUAAUUGAAAAAGUUAAAUCGCUUGGUCAACAAUAUGCAGUUAAUGAAGUAUAA